CCUCCUCCCAGCAGCUUCCAGACUGCCGGAGCUCAGAGCGGAGCGGCAGACUGAUGAGCAGCCCCGCGUCUCCGUCGCGUCCAGAAAAUGUGCGCAGGCUGAAGAAGGGAGUCUCGUCGCCGUUCACGCACGCAGGAAACCAACCGCCACUCUCACUUUCUUUAAUGCAGCAGCGGAGGAGGCUCCAGGCGGAGGACAGACGAAACAAGUCCAACAACCACUUUCUGUGAGGAGCAGACACUGACUGCCGAGUCGACUGCUGCGGAGACUCGUCCCUCUCUGGCGAGGCCAACCUGACUAAUCAUCCGAGGUGUCAAGCCCGUACCUGUCCGAUGUCCUCUCCGCCCGCAGUGUGAUGCGUCAUGGCUCCGGUGCUGAGUGGAGUGUGGUGGGGGCCGGAGGCGGGUGUGGUCGGGUCGGGGGCGGCAGCUGCUACUGGGGUGGCAUCGUGGCUGGGCAGCGGGCAGCUGGUCCUGGCCGUCACCCUCAGCACCCUCACCGGCCUGCUGCUGCUCUCAGUGCUGCUGCUGCUCUGUGCAGGCUGCCAGGGGCAGAAGAAGGCAGCCAAUGGACAUCCAGCAGGAGACAAUGAGAACCUCAUGAAUGGAGUGUCAGAGAGAGAGACAAUCAGCCAAUCAGCAGACAGUCCGGCGACUGACGCGGCCGUCAGCACCUCUCACAACGGUCCUCUUACCAGCGGUACAGUCCUCACGGACACACAGGACACCAGCCCUCAGCCAUCAGAGGAGCUGCUCUCCAGCCAAUCAGAGCUCAGGUCCUCCAAAUGUCCUCAGGACCGCGAGCUUCCCAGCAUUCCACCCAACAACGCCCUUAUUGGGGACGGACCUCCGCCCUCAGGGGACAGCACCUAUGAGGUGGUGAAGGAGAUCGCGGCGGCGUCACGUGACGUCAGCGCCGAAGACUCCCUGUACGAGACGGUCAAGGAACUCAAAGACCACCCGUCACAGCUUGGCCUCCCCAACGGUACCACCCAGCUGACCCCAGAUGAACCUCCCCAUCAUCCCCCUGCCCUUCUCAACGGCCACCUAAGCCCCUGCACACCUGAGCGGGGGCCCCUGUGCACAGGGGUGGAGUACGCCUCCAUCGACCUGAAUAAGAAGAGCCGGCACAGCGCCGACAUGGAGGCCAGGAGGCGCUCUGAUAAUGCCAGCACUCCCUCCCAAAGGCCGCUGGAAGAACCUGAGGAUUUACCUCCGCCGGUACCAGAGAAGGUUCUGGAUGAAAACGACAACCAGCCGGUGGUGAUGAACGGGCUGGUGGGGGCUGGACUGCACAAUGGAGAGUUACACUCCCCUCUGUCUCCUGCACCAGGGUUCGACAACCACAUUCUGUCAGACAAUGAGUCGGCAGUGUACUCUACAGUUGACAAAACAAACUGUGACGAUGCUGUGAACGAGGACGACAAAGAGCACGACUACAGCAGCAUUGCGGAGAUCAAGGGCCUUGUCACGGCCUCCUCCUCCAGCGACCUCUACGCCACCGUCCGAGACAUCUACAGCCAGCCCGACGAGCCCCAGGCGGGGGAAGACCCCGUCUUGGACAGCACAGAUCCGGGCUACGAAACCAUCCGCAUCCCAAAGACUAGCAGCCCGGAUGAUGAGCACAGGGCGGAGGGGUCGGACGCUGCCAAGGCAGAGCCAGACUACGAGAGUGUCGGAGAGUUGGGUCUGAGCCGGGAAACGUCCCGCCUCUGAGUUUCUCGCACUCGGGCAUCUUCACCUGUGGCGUUCGCUGCAGAAGCUUCCUCUGUGCUUCGAACCUGCCACCAAGCAUGCUUUCGGUGCAUGACUUUGGCGGCAGGCUGGCCACAAGCAUCAGUCAUCUACGCAUGAGUGUCCUCUUCGCAGCUUGGGUACGGUUCAUCAUAUCUGAACUUUUAAUUUAUCGAGCAGGGUAAAUGUCAUUGGUACUGCUAGGAAAUGAACUGUAGUAUCUCAGUCAUUGGGCAUUAGCAUUGUGGAAGAGUGCACUUUGGAUCAUCGUUAAACUCCUCUUUUGUCUGUCUGACACGCGUGCAUAUCAUGGACACAUUUAACAACACUUGAUUGCAAAGAAGAUCAAAUAAAUCAUUAUCAGAUAAAUAUCCAGUCACAGCACACACGCAGGACUAUAAGGGUUAGCCGAGUGAGGACACUAUCAGUGCCUGUGAUAUAUAUAUAUAUAAAAAAAAAAAAAAGAAUUCAGUGCCAUAUAAUCAUGAAAUUCAUGCACUUACUGUACAUAUGAAGGUAACAAUAUUUGUAUUCUGCAGCUGCUAGUAACUCUCUAGCUUUCUCCAAUGUCAUGUUUUAUUGAAGGUCAGAUAGUGUAUUUCUUUGUCCAGUGUCUCCACUGUGCAUUCCGCUUGAAAUCCCCGUGAAUGGGUUUUUUUCAAGGCAUGGAGAACAAAUAGCCAAAUGCUUAGUAGAAACAGGCUUAGCUUUCAAUAGAUUACUGCAAAACAUAAGGGUUCCCCCCGUGAAACUAGUCGUCUGCGGAACCAAAACGGAAACCAGAGGUGAUGAAGGCAGUUUCACAGUACAUUUUUGAAAGUGUUUUUAGACGUUUUUGCGCUCCCACAUCGGUGUUUUUUUGUGAAAUUCAUAUUUAUUUGAAGAUGCAUAUUGUUGUGUACUUGUGAAAUGUUAGCGUGUGUCAGUGAGAGCAAAGUUAAUAGGAUUUUUUAGAAGUUUCUAGCAUUUUUAUCAAGAAAACUGUAUGAAAGUGAGCUGCAAAAUGACAGUUGUCAAGGUACAUUUUCCCCUGACUUUUUUACUCAUUGUUUAAACGGUAACUCCACCACUUUUACACAUUAAAGUGUGUUUACAUGCCUUCGGGAGUACCACCAAAUGUGUGAAAAAAGUAGUAUAAAGCAUUUUGUGGCUCCUGAGGAAGCUCUGUGUAAUCUGAUAAAUUGCCUCCAGUGAUGUCACUCAGUGGCCAAGUUGCGUUGUUGAUAAUGUGUGCACCCAAGAGCAGUUAACUGGUCUUGCACUCCUUUAACACUGUUGGACAACAUUAUCACAACCCUACCAGAGAGACCACCUUUUCCUUUAUUCCAGAAAUAUUCCUUCCUUUUCAAAAGCUUGUACAUUACCCAUAAUGCAUCUUAUUCUGAGUGACAUCACUGGAGGCGGUUUAUCAGAUUACAUGCAGCUUCCUCUGGUGCCAGAAAAGGCUUAUUACUACUUUCUGCACAUAUGCAGUAGUACUCUACGAGUCCUGUAAACACACUUUAAUCAGUAAAGUUGGUGGCGUCAUCCUUAAAAAAAAAGAGAUACACGAUGAGACCAUUUUUGUUUUUUUUGUCAUUUUGCACAGAGGUCAAUACAAAUUCAAAAGACAUGGACAAACUUGCAUUAAUUAAUGCAAGUUUAUUGAUCAGCUGUAAAAAAAAAAAAAAAAAUGUAUUGUCAUGUUUUUUGAGCCUACUCCUGGUACAGUAUACAGUCUUCAGUUGGCAUCCCGGAUGAUUUUAAAAAGCACAAGGUUGAAAUCAAGGUACUGCAUUUAUAUCAUCACCAUCCAGUGACACUUCUGCACAAUUUGAAACUGCUUUUAAACCUCAUAGAAGCACUCUGAGAAAACCAUAUCUUGUCUGUUUGGAGCCUGUACUGACGACAUGCCAACCAAGGCUUGUAUAUAGUUAGAGCACUAUUUUAACCAACCGUCACUCGCUGGAAGUUUUAUGUAUGCUUUUACUUAUUUGUACAAUGUCCAGAGUGGUAUAAUUUUAGAAUAAGCCGCCCGUUAGAGCACUGAUGUAUGUCUGCUUUGUUUUAAGGAAACCUUGCUCUUUACCUUGUAUUGUUACUCCAAGUUGUCAAAAUAGCCUCCAAGCUCAGAAAAUGUCAGAAAUAAGGUACAACGUUUUUUGGUACACAACGGUGAGUGUGGUACUUUUAUUUAAAAGAAACUUAAUUAAUGUCUCAAAACUGUUGUUGGAUGUUUGUUUUCAGAUUAACCAGGCCAACGCUUCUUGCUGUAAUUAUCUCUUUCACUGCUACAGUAUCUCUUUGCACAAGAAAUGGUGUCAUCUGUUUCCACCCACAUGGAAAUAUUACAGUAUCUCCGGCCUCGCUUCAUGUUUCAUUAGACAUGCAGGAGCUUGUUGCGGCUUCAGACAAACACAGCUAGUCUGCGCCGACUGCUAUUAGACUCAUAAAUGAUAUCAGACAUUUGAAAUGCUUUUGCAUCUCCCAGCCAUGCCAGAGCAAAGGAGGAUUUUAAAUUCAAAAACACUCCCAGUAUUUAAGGAAAGAAAGUGGGUGAAAAUUAUGAUCAUUUCUGCAAAGAGGUAAUUAUCAUCGUUGUUUACGCUCCCAAAAAAAAGCAUUGUUCCUCCCAAGUGAUGCGCCUGUGUAUCAUGGUGAUGCCAUCAUUUGGAUAUAAUGGUGUUCACCGAGUGCUAUAAAUGACCUCUAAGGAAAUUAUCUGUCAUUGGGGGGUGUUUUAGUGCCAAAUCUAAUCAGUACAACACACACACACACACACACACAGUUAAUAGACACUUACCGAAAAUCACUUGUUCUCUCUAGCUGUCUAUCUUGAUCAUAUAAACACACACACACACAACCCCCUUCAGGGAAUGGGGGUGCGGUAGAGGUUUGGAGACGCUGGCCCUCCCCUCAGCUCCACUCCUCCCGUAAUGAGACCAUUUGUUCCCCCUACGACCAGCAGACAACUCCACGGUGACACCUGCCUUUGAUCACAGGGCAAAGCCUGUUUUGGACGUUAUGGCCACAUCUGUCAUUCCGCUCUGUCCAAUUUCCAUUCUCUGCAUGUAAAUAUUUUAUGACAUGAAUUGUUCUAUUAAAAUAUAUAUAUAAUAAA